ACUUUAUGUUAGAUCGAAGAUUUUAGUACUUUUGUGUCUUCCUUAACAUUGUUACUUUCAAUCAUCAUUUUAAUUCAACCUUGUUUUUGAGCCAUCUUUAACCAAACAAGUGGGAUAUCCGGCGUUCUUACUUAGUGGUACCCUCAUAGCAACUAAAUCAUUAACUAAUAUGAAAGUUGAUAAAACGAACUAAGUAGUCAUGAGACCCCUAAUCAACUUGUGUCGCCGACUGUAUUGCAAGCACAUGCCCACUUCUGCUGGCUUUCAUGAAGAAUGUAAUGCGACUAUUUAUGCCGUGGCGACAGGAGGUGUUCGCAGUGCUUUAAGCGUCAUUCGGGUUUCUGGACCAAACUCAUCUCUAGUUGUUAAGAACCUUGGGCGCUAUUCAGGUCGUGACACACACAAGUUCCCAAAACCAAGAUUUGCCACCUUGAGAAAACUAUACGAUCCAAAUACUGGAUCACUUUUGGAUCAUGGAAUCUUGUUGUGGUUUCCGGGGCCCCACAGUUACACAGGGGAAGAUUGUUGCGAAUUCCACAUUCACGGGUCUGUCUCAGUAAUUACCGGAGUACUGAAGGCUAUCGGAUCUAUUGCUGGUUGUCAUCCAGCCGAAGCUGGAGAGUUCACUAAACGCGCAUUCCUCAACGGCAAGUUAGAUUUAACGGAAGUGGACGGAUUAGCGGAUCUCAUAGCGGCCGAAACAGAAUUCCAACGAGUCCAAGCAUUAAAGCAGAUGGGUGGAGGACUGAGUCGAAUGUAUCACAAUUGGAGAGAUCGACUAGCCAAGUGUCUCGCAAAUUCGGAAGCUUUCAUUGAUUUUGGAGAAGAUGAAAACAUUGAGUCGGACGUGCUCCAAAAUGUAGCUAAGGAAGUGACGUUACUAGUCCAAGAAAUUUCUAAUCAUCUUCAAGAUCAAAAAAAGGGACAGCGCUUGCGUGAUGGAGCGCGUGUAGCUAUUAUAGGUCGACCUAACGUUGGAAAGAGCACAUUGCUCAACAAAUUAUGUGGGCGUGAUGCUGCAAUUGUCUCCAAUAUUCCUGGAACUACUCGAGAUGUAAUAGAGACUUGCAUGAAUAUUCACGGUUUUCCUGUAAUAUUUGCUGACACAGCCGGGAUUCGUCAUUCUACAACCGAUUCCAUUGAGAACGAAGGGAUGAAACGCUCAUUAAAGGAAAUUGAAACGGCGGAUCUAAUCCUCCUCUUAACCGACACAUCCAAUUCUCAACUGCAAUUGAAUCUUCAAAGUUGUUCCCUCAAAGAACAAUUAUUACACGAUUUACUCUCACCCAGUUUCACCAGUGAAGAUCCCAAAAAUGUACGCUUGGAACUGUUGGUACCAAAGACAAUUCUCAUUGUCAACAAGAUUGACCUCAUUCAAUCCUCGGAGAAAAUAAAUAACCAACCCUUUGCGAAUGCCGACUGCCAAAUUUCAUGCAAAACAGAUAAUGGAGUUGACCAAAUGCACCAACUCAUUCGGAAAAGGAUUAUGGAAAUAUGUGGUGACCCAAAUACAGAUCCACCUCACGUGACUCAGGAAAGGUAUAGAGUUGAGUUGAAUCACUGCCUCCAAAAUCUUAUAGAAUUUUUGGAGUUUAAAGAAUCCGACCUUGCGCUUAGGACACAAUAUUUAAAACAAAGCAUCAACGCUGUGGGUAGAAUCACCGGGCAUGUAGGAACUGAACAAAUUCUUGAUAUAAUUUUCAGAGAUUUUUGUAUAGGAAAGUAGCAUCAUUCAUACAUUAGUUUACUAUUGAGAAUUAUUCCCUACAUUGUACACACGGUAGACGUAUUUUAUUAUAAGAUACACCUACUGAUAUAGUAAAACAACAUAUUAAUAACAAAAUAAACACUUGGCUUGGGGAGUAGAAGAAAAUUCCGAUGUUGAGAAAACAUCUACUUGAUCCGAAUAGCGUUUCGAGAUCACCAUUCGGCACCUAACAAAGUUUUUGAACAUAAUUUGAAAAUUGAUUUCUUUCAAUCCGCGCCUCGUGAAUCAGGAACAGCUCCCAGAAUUGAUUGCGGAUUCGACUAAAUAUGCAUCAUCAUAAUGCGUAUGCGAAAAAUCCAGGAUUCCCAUGGCCGUGGUGGUGAUAUCCAUACGAAAUACCUCCAUUGUUUAGUUGGGUAUUUGUGUCUGCUGUAUGGCUUGGAAAUUGUCUGUCCACCACCGCGUUAAACCCAUAAACUGAAAUUAUGUCGAUGUAAUAACUUUAUAAGGUUAUACGUUUUAUACAAUAAAUAUGUAAAUAAAUAAGCCACACUUGCAUGCGUA